AUAAAUAAUUAGUGACUGACUCCAAUUUUCACUCUCAAAAACACUGUAAGAUCACGGUAGCAAUACUUUAGCACCAUAAUUACGAAAAAUGUCUCUCAAAGUUUUAUUUCUCCCUCUCUUAAUCCUCCUGAUCUUCUCGGGCGCCGUUUACGGCCGCCGCUUCAUCACGGACUCCGGCGGACUAAUUUCCGAUGGAGUUCACAGUGAGAUCGAUCGGGAUUCGGAGAUUCUCCAUCUGGACCGGAAUUUCGCCGGCGGCGAGGGUGAGAGCUGCGAACAGAGUUAUGGAUUUCUGCCUUGUACUAAAUCUGCUCUCGGAAAUGUUUUUCUUAUUUUGGUUUACGGUUACCUCAUGUUCCUUGGUGCUACACAUCUCUCUUCUGGUAGUGAACUGUUGCUUGAGAUAUUAGGGCCUGGUAUUAUUGGUGGACUUUUUCUUCCUGUACUUGGUGCUCUUCCUGAUGCUAUGCUCAUUUUAGUAUCGGGGAUAUCUGGAAGUCCUGCAGCUGCUCAGAGCCAGGUCUCUGUAGGAAUGGGAUUGCUAGCUGGGUCAACUGUGAUGCUUAUUACUGUUAUUUGGGGAACCUGUUGCAUUAUUGGCAAGUGUGACAUACAAAAUUCUGUUGCUGUAGACAUGAAAGACACUAAAGGAUUCAGCUUGACGGGUUCUGGUGUUAGCACUGAUAUCUGGACAAGCCAUGCUGCAACGAUAAUGGCAGUGUCUGUAACACCAUUUCUUGCUGUCCAAUUGCCACAGCUCCUCCAUUCAACUUCAGGAAGACAUUUAUCUGUCUUGAUUGCUCUUAUCAUUUCACUUACACUGCUUGUUUCUUAUUGCGUCUAUCAGGUCUUUCAGCCUUGGAUACAGUAUAGACGUCUUGCUUAUGUAAAACAUAAGCAUGUUAUAUCAGGAGUUUUGAAACAUUUAAGAAUGCGUGCCUUGGGGAGGCUUUGCACAGACCAGGGAGAACCAAAUAUAGAAGUUUUAGAAAAGCUAUUCAAGGCAAUUGAUGAAAAUGAGGAUGGGCAUCUUUCCCGCGCUGAAUUAAAAGCUCUGGUAGUAGGAAUCCGUUUGGAGGAGAUAAACAUACAUGAGAAUGAUGCUGUAGAAAAACUGCUGAAAGACUUCGAUACUUCUCAUGAUCAACAAAUUGAACUUUCUGAGUUCAUUACCGGAGUUACAAAAUGGCUUACUGAGGCCAGGGGUUCCAAGGCUCCUUCUGCUGAAGCUGGUCCUGAUACAGUGAAGUACCUCAGUGACUUGCAUGAGCAAACAAGGAGAGAACACCAUUUCUUAGGGGAUCAAAGUGACGAAAGUGUUGAGGCUGUUGAGAAUCCUAGAUCAACUACAAUUAAGGCUGUUCUACUGCUGUUGCUGGGCACUGUCAUUGCUGCCGUGUUUGCUGAUCCGCUGGUUGAUGCUGUCAAUAAUUUCUCAAGUGCCACAAGCAUUCCUUCUUUCUUCAUCUCAUUCAUUGCACUGCCACUGGCAACCAACUCCAGUGAGUCGGUGUCAGCUAUUAUCUUUGCUAGCCGGAAAAAGUUGAGAUCUGCAUCAUUAACGUUUUCUGAGUUGUACGGAGCAGUGACUAUGAACAAUCUCCUUUGUCUAUCCGUCUUCCUAGCUCUCGUCUAUAUCAGAGGAUUGACAUGGGACUUCUCGUCUGAAGUGUUGGUUAUACUAAUUGUUUGUGUUGUUGUGGGGGUCUUUGCAAGCUUUCGCAGCACCUUUCCCCUGUGGACUUCCUUGCUAGCUUUUCUACUGUACCCUUUCUCUCUUGUACUUGUAUAUGUUCUUGACUACAAAUUUGGUUGGUCUUAGACCCUUUUGGUUGAACUUGUAUGCAUCUUUUAAGCUACGCCACACUUAAGUUGCUCUUGGACGUGCUAGUAGAACUUCAGGAACUUGAGAGCUGAAGUGAUUUGGUUGUAUCUAUUUACUUAUAAUUUCCCACUGCUGUUUGGCUGUUUAA